CCACUGCGUACUCAUACAAAAACCGUGUUUAUUAAACUGUUUUUGCUCAUGGUCGCUUCUACGAUCCAAAAUCGAUCGCAUUCUUUAAAUUGAAUUACAGGCCUCCAUUUUGAUCUGACAGAUCAGAUGAUAUUCAAUUAGUGAGUCUCCUUGUGUUCUAGUGAAUUAAUAUGUCAGCAGAUUUAUUUUUGAGAGUGCGCCAGUGCAUAGAUCAAAUCGUGCAAUGGAGUGGUAACUGUGCAUAUUUUAAAUGUGUAUUCAAGGAUCUAUAAAUAAACAUUAACAGCUGCGACGUUUGGAACGCUGAUGAAACAUACAGAAAGAAAUGGCGCAUUCUGGAUCAUCUCAGUCCUACAAAGCUUGUGAACUGUGCGAAGCGGACUCGGUUCUGAUGCACUGUAGUUCCUGUCACAUCAAGCUCUGCAGUGACUGUGUCGGCAAACACUUGUCAUCUCAAAACUGCAAGCAACAUGACGUAGAGGGUUUUAAAUACCGGAAGAAUGACGUAAAACUUCCGGUAUGCCGGCAGCAUCCUAGUCACAGUUGUUCUAUGUAUUGCGAUGACUGCGAUGAAGCGGUUUGUAGCAAGUGCGUAGCAGCUUCAGAUCACAAGCAACAUCGGCUUGAUGACAUAACGAGAAUGUACGUAGCAAGACGAUUACUUUUGUUGCAGGAAGCCAGCUUUCUAGAGAACACAGUGAUUCCGCAAUACGACAAAAUGGAAUCCAUUCUUGAUACGAAGAUGUCUAAGCUAUCUAAUGAUUAUUCCUCUGUGUUGAACAAGUUGGUUUCGGAAGAAGAAACCCUGCAUGAAAUGAUAAGGUCAAUUUUCCGCCAGAAAAAAGAAGAGACCCUCGCAAUGAGAGAAAAGGAUUUGAAAACUCUACAUGAACAGAAAAAUGGGAUUUCUUGUUCAAAAUUAACUGUGGAGUCACUGGUGUCUAAGUAUAAACAAGUGUGUGGUUCAAACGAUGUUGACAAAAUAUUGAGGUGUCCUUUUGAAAAAGAUCAGUACAGAAGAAUUCCUCCUGUUGCAGAAAUCACGCCUCCCAACUUCUCCUCCAUUGAAGUUGACGAGGAAUUCUUCAAAAAAUUUGUAAAAUUAACACCUUCUAUUCAAAUUCUGAAGUCUCGUGGCCAACGACUCGAAAGUACCCAAAGCUUUGGAGAAAAGAAGGAAAUUGCAGCAGAAGUAGAGCUUGUAGCAUCGUUUAAAGGCGUGUACGAAGAAUUACAACGAGUGAAAUGUAUCGAAGACUACCAAGCAUGGCUGAGCGGAAGCGCCCAUGGCACUCUCACGCGGAUGGAUAUCAAUGGUAAGGUCCUUGAAACGGUUCAUGUCACUCAUGGUUAUGCACCUAAGGACAUGGCUGUAACAACAGAUGGUCAUUUAAUCUAUUGUGACGUGGGAAACUUAAGUAUCAUGGCCAUCAAAGAUGGAACCUCAAAAGUCAUUGCCAAAUCUAACAAAUGGAUGCCGACUGCCGUGUGUGUGACGUCAGUGGCGGGGCAUUUACUUGUGUGCAUGAUUUCCAAAGAUCAGAGAUUUGGCCGCGUUGUCCGUUACGUGGGAUCCAAAGCCAAACACAAGAUUCAGUUUGAUGACAAAGAACAAGAUCUUUUCAAAAAGCCCACAUCUGUGGCCGAUAACAUCAACGAAAACAUAUGUGUGAUUGAUUCAAAUACACAGUCUCUUGUUGUACUCAGCAAAGCAGGUUUAUUUCGAUUUAAAUACAACGGAAGCCAGAAGACACAUUUGCACACGUUCUACCCAAGUGGUCUGGCCACAGACAACCUAGGUCAAAUCAUCGUGGGGGAUCGAAUGAAUACCUGUCUAGAUGUUAUUGACAAGGAUGGUCAGUUCAUUAGAUCUAUUGCAGGGUCCAUUUUGAACAUUCCUUCAGCCAUAAGCAUCGACGAUGACGAGAAUUUGUGGGUUGGAGAAUUUCACACCGGAAUAGUCAAAAUUAUCAGAUAUCUACAGCCGAGUGAAAACAACGGCAGCUGUCAGGACAAAUAAACCUACUUGUUGUGAAGGUCACAUGUUUAACAAUAUUGAAAUACAUGUAUAUCAAAAAGCAACUGAAAUACAUGUACAAGAAAAAACAACAUCAUUGAAGAAAUAUUAUGUUAGAUAAAUGUUUUUAUGUCAAUUAUUUCAAACAUAUUUUGAUGUACCUUUGCUUUUUUGGUGUAAUUCAUAUAAUAUUACAUAAUAGAUAAAUGAA